AUGCUCGCGGUUUUGUACGUGGUCGUUGUGGUGGUUCUACUGGCUUUCAUGGUGGGUAUCUACCAGAAGAACACUAACGCCAUGUGCAAGUCGAAAAGAAAGCUCGACGGCAAAACUGCGGUCAUAACAGGUGGAACCGCCGGCAUGGAUCUGAGGAUUGCGAUUGACUUUGCUGACAGAGGCGCUCGAGUUAUUGUCGCCUGUCCAUAUCCUGAAGAAGGCGUCGCCGCUAUAAAAACGCUCGGGAGC